AUGCCCUGCCCUCCAGGCUGGUCCUCCUCAGCAUCUCAGUGCUACACGAGCCCGCCGGUUGAGGGCACGUGGCUCGAGUGCGCCGCGCUGUGCACCAGCCAUUCUUGGCGAGGGUCGCCCGCGGCGCUCGCGGUCGCGGACUCAGCGGGCACUGGCACUGCUGCAGCCGGCGUUGCGGCCUGGACCGGAGCCUUUGCUCCGAACGCCAACAUCUCCGGCUGUGCCUACCUUUCUUCGGACGGUGGGCUGCUCGAGGCUCCGUGCCUCGCCCUCUUCCGCUGCGUCUGCCAGUGGCCUGUGCCGCCGUCGGUGUUUGCGUGCUCCUCCGACGGCCCGUGUUCGCACGCGGGCCUCGACCACGAGGCAGCGGUGCAGGCGCUCGAAGCAGCAGAGCGGGCUGAGAUUCACAGGCAGCAGCGUCCCUACCUCAACGGC